ACAGAGUAAAUUGUUUUCAUUACUGUAUUUUUUUCUCUUAACAAUUUUUCUUUCUUGAAGUCAGGGAAACAUAAUCUGCCAUGUGCCUAUUUGAGUUGAUUGCUACCUCACAUUAGCAUCCUUCCUGGAUAAGUUUUAUCAUAGCUGAGCGUCAGUGUUCAACCUUUUCUGCAGCACUAAUUUUAAAAUUACUUCAGAGGCACCUUGUUGAGUUUAAACUUUAUUAGGAGAAAAGCACAAAACUUCUAAUAAAGAUGCAGGUUAAACCACAUUAACCCUGAUAGUGUUCCUGACCUGUACCCUGUGGAACAAGUGAGUUCUCAAUUAACCUACUGAAAAGGUAUUUACUGAUCAUCUCUGUUUAGUACAGCAUAGAGAACCAUGGGAGAUACACCAGGAAGGCCUAAUGUGACACUUCCAGGGAAAGCACUGCAAAAACUGACAUGAAUUUGUGUAGAAGACUAACGCUGAGAUGAAGGGAAAUAAUGGAUAAUUUUCUGCUUUUGAACUCCAGGAAAAUGCUAUAUUCAUUGGUAUAUAAAUUACAUGCUGACAGUUAAGCAGCUGUUUCAUCUCUUGAGCACAGUAGGUCAUUUUCACCCUCUUCAUAAUGUUUGAGUUGUUAUUUCUAGAGCAUAUAGUGUGAGUUACUUAAUCACUCAGUAAUUACUGAGGUCUGUAAAAUGGCAAAUGCAUGCAUUUUAUUUAUGUAUUUUGAAAUACUUAAAAACUCUAUUUUCCUGUGAUCUGUGUUAUUACACAGAUAACUUCUGUUGGUUGAGGGAGGCAUGACCUUUCACUGACUGAAGUUACUAAAACCAAGCAUGUGUGAACAGAUUGGAGGGGAAAAAGGGUUUGCAAGGAAAAAAUCCCAAAUUUAUUCAAAAGUAGAAUUUCCUGUAGUUGCAGAGUUAAUAUAUGUAGCAUAGAACUAACUCCAACAAUUUUUCUGUAGUUUUGACUGAAGAACCUGUAGCUAACUCUGCUUUCUUUUUGGGAUGGGAUGUACAGGUCAAAGUAAAAGCCAUACAGGUGAAUUCUCAUUGCUAUUCACAGAAAUGUAAAAAUUGUGCAAUAAACCUAAUCUCUUACCUUUUACACCAACCAGCAUGAAAGUUCAAUAAAUUCGGAAGCUAAAUCCAUUUUUACAUAAGUGCUGAAGUUUUGAUUUGAGGUAAUGAGGUGAAAAUGUGAAAUUAGUCUAGUUGUUUCAUUGGCAAUGGGACUGUCUUGUUCCUUGUCAAAUACAGAUCAUGAACUAUGGCUGUUUGUUGAUUACAACAUUGAAACAGGAAGUGCAAAGAAAUAGAAAGAAUAAGCAGUAAGUUAUGCUAUUAUCAUUUUAGAAAUACUGAAUACAUAAAUUUGACAGCAUGCAUGUAGAUUCUGAGAACGACUGGAUUACCUGUCAAACUAGGGACAAAACUGGAAUCAGAAAGAUCACAAAAAGUGUUUUCUUGUUUUCAGUGCCUUUCCUGUCAGGCAGUACACAAAGUGGAGGAUGCUUUCAGCUUUGACCUUGCAAACAGUGGAGGAGAGGAACAGUGGAGAGCAAUAGAGCUUGCUGCUAUCACUUGUACCACUGUCCAUGUAGUUUCAGCUACAUGGCUUGAAACUGGAACAGAUUGCUCCAAGAGUGCCCUCUGUGGGAGAUGAGGGGCUUAGGAACCCAGGUGUGGGAGCGGCCCGGACUCCUGCGGCGCCGGGAUGGCUGCUGGGGUGCCUCCCGAUGCGCUGGGUCGGCGGGUCUCCUGUGGCACCGACUAUGGGACUGUGCGCUAUGUGGGCAGCGUGUCUGGAACUGCAGGAAUUUGGCUGGGCGUGGAAUGGGAUGAUCCUCAGAGGGGAAAGCAUGAUGGCAGCUAUGAAGGAACACAAUAUUUUAAGUGCAGGCAUGCUAAAGGAGGAUCAUUCAUUCGACCAAACAAAGCAAAUUUUGGAGUAGAUUUUCUUACUGCAGUAAAGGAUCGGUACGGACUGAAUGAUAAGCAAGAUGCUCAGUAUGGGACAGGAAAUACAGUAGUAUUUGGAACAAAGACUGUGGAAUUUGUUGGCAUGGAUUCUGUUGCAGAACAGCAAAGACAGCUGAACAAACUGGUGGAUAUCUCAGUGCGUGAGUGUGCAGUGAGCCAUGCUGGUCAGGAAGAGGAAAUCAGCAGAACGUGUGCCAAUAUGAGGCAUAUAAACCUAUCAAAAAAUCUGAUAUCAUCUUGGGAGACAAUAAUAGCUAUUGCUUCUCAAGUUCAAAAUCUGGAAACACUUAAUGUCAGUGAAAACAAAAUGAGAUUUCCAUCUACAUCUACUUUUACAUCCAGUGCAUUUCCAAACUUGAAGAUUCUGGCACUUAAUCAAACUGAAAUAACAUGGACUGAGGUUCUUCUUUGUGCUCAAGGAUGGCCAGUACUUGAAGAGUUGUACCUUUCUUCUAAUAAUAUUACAGUUUUGGAAAGGCCUGAUAAUGUCCUGCAGACCCUGAAGUUGUUAGACCUUUCAGACAACCCGUUACUGGAUGGAAAUCAGCUGCAUCUAAUAGCACAGCUCCCCAGAUUAGAACAGCUAAUCCUUAGAAACACUGGGAUAUCUUCUAUACACUUUCCUGAUGCUCAAUUUGGAUACAAGACUAAAAUGUUUCCUUUGCUAAAACGCCUUGCAAUAAAUGACAAUAAAAUAUCACAGUGGUCAUCUAUCAAUGAGCUUGACAAACUGCCAAGUCUGCGGGCACUGCAGUGCAGCAAUAACCCCUUCAUGGACACAGAGAAGAACCCAGAGACCCUGAUACAGCUCAUAAUUGCCAAGAUAAGUCAGUUGGAGGUUUUGAACAACUGUGAGAUCCUUCCUGCUGAAAGAAGAGGAGCAGAGCUUGAUUAUCGCAAAAUAUUUGGAAAGGACUGGCUAGAAGCUGGUGGACAUUGGAACCCAGAGAAAAACAAACCAAGUGAAGAAUUUCUUGCUGCCCAUCCCAGAUACCCAACACUUUGUCUUAAAUAUGGAGCACCUGAAGAAGGAGAACUGAAGGGACAACAGCCUUUGACUCUGAAAAAUCAGCUCCUGACUUUGACAAUUAAGUGUCCUGAGAAACCCGAACAGAAACCAGUGGAGAAAAAACUACCAGAGUCCAUGACUAUUCAGAAGGUCAAAGGACUGCUGUAUCGCCUGCUUAAAAUUCCUGGCUCGGAACUGAAACUGUCCUACGAAAGUUCUAAAUUGGAAGGAAAAGAAGUUGAACUAGACAAUGACUUAAAGCCUUUGCAGUUUUACUCAAUAGAAAGUGGAGACUGUGUGUUAGUACGGUGGUAAGAAGGGACUCUCUUGCUGGACUGAAGGAAAAGCUGACACAGGAACUACAGAAGAGAGACAGUGCCUGAACAGAUAUACAGGUGGAUAUGAGUAUCACACGUGGCACCAGAGGGCUGUACAACUGUACUUUCACCUCCUCAACUUUAUCAUCAGCCUCCCUGGAAACAUCUGCUCACUUAUCCUACUGGAGAGAUAUGAAACUGUGCUUGAAUGCUUCAAUUAAAUAAAACUCAAGGUCACCCUUUUGCAAGA